AUGGCGUUUGCUGGGACAAAUAUCAGUUUGUCCCAGCCGGAUAUAACGCAAAAGCUGACAGAGCGCAUAGAUGAUCUGAAGCAUAGAAUCGCUGCUUGGGGAAAGCGGAUUCGGCGAUAUACCGAGAGGUCGACACGGUUCAACCAGAAUCAUCUCUUCCAGAGUGAUCAGAAGAGGCUCUAUGAAUCUUUGGAGCGACCAAUGGUAAGUGGAACGGGUCCAGCAACGAAUCAGGCUGACACCAGCAACCAGUCGCCCAGGAACUGGAACUAG